UAUAUGAACAUUUGUUGUACUCAAUUGACAGAAUUCUCGCCAAUAUCGUGAAACAUCAUUCCAAUUAUAAAUCCAUUUAUUAUAAGUUGUUUUAAAAUUGAACAAGAAUGGGGAUUAAAGUAACUUUAUUUUUUCUUAUAUGUGGAAUAAUUUGUUCUUCAGCGAAUAUUGAAGAACGAGUUUUCGAUUUAGAGAAUGAGGUACAAGACCAACUUGCGGAAAAUGAGAUGAUGCAAGAACGCCUGAAAGCACUAGAGCUUGAAGUGUCUGAGAUCGUUGCCCAAGAAAAAGAAGACAAUCUGAUUAAGACAAGGGGCGUUUCUAGUUCUAAUGCAGAAAUAGGACAGACACAUCAGUUGCUUAAACGUGCUGCGGGUUCCAAUAGAGCUUUCCAUGCCUAUCGAAGCAUUACAAAUUGUUACGACGACCAUGAGAAAAUCGUGUUUGAUACAGAGAGUCAGGACGAUUACAACGUGUAUGACGUCAGAGACGGCAUAUUUGAACCGCCCGUAUCCGGUAUAUUUGUCUUCACGUGGACUGUGGUCGCACCUUUGAACACAAAGUUUAGAACAGAGCUUGUAAUUGGUGGGAGGUUGGCCGGCGUGAUAACGACCGAUUCUGACACGCCAAGUGGUGUAGACCAUACAGGUACUGGCUUGCAUCCAGCGACUGCAGUUGUGGUUGCACAAAUGAAUGCGGCAGACCAUUGCUACAUCCGAGUUCGACACUCUUAUAGUAACUGCGUCAACGUCUAUAGUGAUUCCAACUCAGUCAGGUCAACUUUUUCGGGCUGGCAACUGUAUUGAGCGUUGUGAUUUCCAAUGUAACGUUUGUGUAACUCGUAUAUUGAAUAAACAAACAUAUACAUCCUAAAGAAUUAAAA